AUUUUAUUUUUUUUUCUUUUAUUUUAUAUUAUGGCGUAUAACCAUUAUUUUGUUAUCGGAUAUAUUUGUAUUCUUUUCCCAAUUAUCUAUUACACAACAGACUAUUUGAAAAGUAUAUUACUUUAUUUACAUGCAAUAGGUGCAGCAUAUGGCGUUUUAUUUAUUAUCCACUUCUCUCAGGAUAAUAAGGGAGGAGAAAUGUAUGGUGUAUUACAACCUAUUUUAUCAAAUAUAAACAUGGUACCCAAGACUUUAUGGUUUAAUAUGGGAUUAUGGAAUAAGCCAAAUCUAAGUUUCCCUGAAGCCUGUGAAAACCUGGUGAACGAAGUUACUACCAAAUUGAAUAUUCAACCUUAUUCUACUAUUCUAGAUAUUGGCUUUGGAUGUGGUGAUUCUUGUAUUUUCUUAGCAGAGAAAUAUAAAGCAUCAGUCGUUGGCAUCACUAACGAAGAGAGUCAAUGGAAAGUUGCGACUGACAGGGUAAGAGAGAUGAAAUUCACUAAUAAUCAACAGAUUAGGCUUUUCCAUGGAUCUGCUGAUGAUUUGAAUACGCUAUUAUUGCCAUCACAAAGAUAUGAUUAUGUAAUCUCUAUUGACUCAGCUUAUCAUUUCAAUACACGUUGGGACUUUUUAAAGAAUGUGUAUGGAAAGCUUGAUGACAAAAAGGAAGGUAGCGGUAUGAUUGGAAUUUAUGAUUUAACUGUGAAUCCGCUUUUUUUGAAGAAUGCAUCGUAUUUGCAACGUUAUAUCUUCCAGCUCAUUGCCAAGUUAGUUCAUAUUCCAAUACAAAACUUGAUAACAGCAAACGUCUACCAACAACAAAUGAUAGAAUUAGGAUAUAAAGAUGUGGAAAUUCAGACGAUAGAUAGACAGCUUGUCUUUGGUGGUCUUUCUGAACACUUUCGACAACAGUAUAAUCAAGCAACAAAAUAUGGUGCUACUAUAAGCCUCUUUGCUAUGAUAUAUUUGAAAUUUUCUAUAAUUAUAUUCAACUUAUUAGCUAGAAAGUCAUGGCUUGUUCCUGUCAUUAUUAAAGGGAAGAAAUAAUACUAAUAAAAUACUGCUGAUGAUGUGACUUUUUAUUAUUCAUUU